GCUACCUUCGCUUUCCUUUUUGCUUUUAGUAGUGUGAAGGUCAGGAGGGAGAGAGGGUAUAAAAGGGAGACAGAGGGAGAGAGCAGGACGGAGAAAAGCACGAGAAACCUCGAAGCAAAACCUCCGAGAAGAGGACUGAGCUUGGCUGCAAAAAAUCGGUUCGGCAGCAGGAUGAAUUCAUAUGCAGAAAAACUUUCAUUGUUCUCUGAGGGUAUCCAGGCUAUAUUGAAAAAUACAGCUGUGAAUGUAGACCCCGAUAUAUUUUUCAAUAUAACAAUCAAGAUAUAUGAGGAGGCUUUCAGUGAUGGUGGAAUGAAGGAAGCAGCUUUUGAGGUAAAAGAGGAGCUGGAGGAGUUGGAAAACACUGAGCUUGACAUUGCCAUCACUGGAGAGACGGGCUCUGGGAAAUCAUCCCUCAUCAAUGCUCUCCGAGGCAUGAAGGCAGAAGAUGAUGGUGCCGCCCCUGUAGGAGUGACAGAAAUGACACUAGAUCCAAAGUUUUAUCUGCAUCCUAACUAUCCCAAAAUGAAAUUCUGGGACCUGCCAGGAAUUGGAUCCCCACAUUUUUCACCAGACAGUUACCUUAAGAAGGUGGAUUUCCAACGGUAUGACUUCUUUAUCAUUGUUGGCUCAGAGAGAUUCCGAUCCAACCUCAUUAACCUAGCUCAGGCGAUCCAGAAGAUGGAGAAGAAGUGUUAUUUUGUGCGCUCCAAAGUAGAUUCAGAUCUAUACAACAUGGAAAGGUCUUACCCAAAUACCUUCAAUGCAGAGGAAGUCCUUGAAAUGAUGAGGGAUGACUUCAAGAAGCAGCUUGAGAAGUGCUUCAGGAACACCAUCCCUCAAGUCUUUUUGAUCUCCUCCUGGGACCUUGGCAAGUAUGACUUCCCCCGACUGGUGGAGACCUUGGAGAAAGAUCUGCCCAGCCUGAAGAGACAUGCAUUCCUGCUCAGCCUUCCCAUGUUUUCCCCUGAAUUCACAGAAAAGAAGAAAUCUGCGCUGAAGAGCCACCUGUGGAAAAUAUCCCUGGUGUCUGCUGGCAUCAAUGCUAUUCCCAUUCCAGACCUUCCUCUGGCUUGUGAUACUGCCCUCUUGCUUGGGUCCAUGGUUGCCUUCUACAAGAGAUUUGAGCUGGAUGAUGGCUCCUUAGCUAGGCUGGCCAGAUUGGCCAGGAAGCCUGUUGAAGAACUGAAGGCCGUGAUGAAGUCUCCUCAGGAGAAAGAAAUUAACAGGGAUCUGGUUAUAAAGGAAAUAACCAAUUAUACAAAAGAAUUUUUCCCUCCUUCCCUAGUUAGAAGCUUGGUAGCAGCAGGGGUGUCUUUUGUCAUCACUUAUUGGAUGCUGUUGAGCUUCCUGGAUAAUCUAGCUGAGGAUGCUGAAAGGGUUCGAAAGAAAGCCCUGGAACCCAUAGCCCCAGGCAGGCACGGGACUUGA